UCACUAAAUGCCAUAAAAAGACAUAUUUUGCCGGCAUUUUCACCGGGGAGGUUCAUCAACCGUAACAUCUUCUAGAUCCGCGCCUGCUCAUCAUGAGAGAAGACGAAUGUGUAUAACACAAAUAUCUUAUCAUUAAAGGGUCGUGUGUAAUCGUAAGCUUGCGAAAUAUCAUUUUCGUCACACAUUGGAUAUGGUGGUUCGUCUUUUAGUAUUUUUCGGCCUUGUGGUCGCUGCAUUUGGAGGAUUGUGUAGGACUCCCUGGGUCAACUCUGGUGCCUCCUGUUACCUGUUCGUCACUCACAUGAAGGAAAGCUGGGCUGAAUCUGUGUCAAUGUGUACUGAACUUGGAGGAUAUCUUGUGGAGAUCCAAUCACAGCAGGAGAACAAUUUCCUCAUAGAUUACGCCACCAAUCAUCUACACAUUCACACAGGCGGUCCGUCAGGAAAUGGCAGUUUUUGGAUAGGGGGAACUGACAUGUUGGUUGAGGGUAAUUGGUUCUGGCUUUCAACAAACCAAAAGUUUGCCUUCACUGACUGGUAUGUUACUUCACACGAACCCAAUGGAGGGAUACAUGAAAAUUGUGCUCAUCUUGGAUCGCAUCUGCAUUUCCACUGGAACGACGCUGAAUGUCACAUACUGUACAAUUUCAUCUGUGAGACCGAAUCUCUUGGCGGCGGUCCGGACGUGGUCGGAUAAUUUCAAUUUCAAUCUACAACUUCUACAGAACGAGUGAUUUUCGUGGCACCUAAUUUGUAUAAUAUUGUAAGUGCUAAAAUAAAAUGUAUCAUGCGCUUAUAAUGUAAA